GAAUGUCUCUGCACGGUCCACAAGCUUUCGGGGAUCUCCGAACUCUCCGUGAAAGUUAAGCGUUGAAGAACCAAGCCCAAGAAGUGUGCCUCAGACUCCCCGCUGUACCUGGUUUCUUCGUCCUCUCUUCCACCAGAGAGUCCUAACUGCCGAGAGCUGUCGCUUUUGAUCUGGGUUCUCCCUUUCAGAAAGUUUCCUUUCGUCUAUCAGGAACGCCUGGACGCGCUCCGCCCUCUCCGGUGCCUUCCGAGCUUGUCUCUGUUUUCAGGACAUCCGACAGUUCUUCGUUUUUUUCGCUUGAUUUUCACGGACAUUUCGACAUAAAGGUUCAGAAACCACUGCUUUACAAGGCUUGUCCUGAUUCAAAGAGCCUCUUUCUCCAGAACUCGCCAGUCCAGUGAGCUGGGAGCACCCCUUUACGUUGCUACAUUUCACGACUCUUCGCAGGAGGGGGGGAGAGAGGCAGUCUACUGGCUUUUCCCCGACACCGAACGGUUCCCACACUUUUCUCAGAUCGAAUGGGUUCCCUUUUUUUCCGUUUCCAUUAAAUUUUCUUCGGAUGCGGAAGCCAGCACGAGCUGGCGCUACCGUCUGAAAGGUCAACGACGAGCAUCGUCCUGCUGUGAAGGCACCUGAGCCUUGGGCACGUCGGCGGUCCUGUCGCAGGUCUUUCCAGAUCACGUUUUCUUCGUUUUUUUCUUCUUCCCGGAGGCUACUUGGUUUGCGAUCUAUUGCGCGUCGUGUCUUCCCCCUCCUGAUUACGUGCAAGCGAGAAAAACCUCUGUUUACCGGCGUCUCGACUUUUCGAAACCCCGUUCCUUCCCUCUCGGUUUCCGAUCCUUCCUUGAAAGCCGGCCCGCUACGCCGUUGCCUGACUCCACGCCGGCCAGGCGCCCUCCUCGCUGCCGCGGAGAUGUCCGGAUCCAGUGUACAGGGCUCAACCACGUUUGCCUGUUUUCAGCGAUCCUGUCCACCUUUGAAGACACUCGAGUAUUGACACAGACCUCUUUCCUUGGCCUUUCUCGGGAGAAGUCGGCUCUUUCUCUUUCUGUCCUUGUCUCCGCGUUCCCUGCGAAAAUGGAGCACUUUUUCCUGCAGAAAGGCGCAGACGAGGAGGAGCGCCGCCCCAAGCUGUCGUUGCUCGGCGACCCCGAGCCGGCUGCCCCGCCGCCGGUCCCCGACGCAGACGAAGAAGAUCCUCUGGAGGCGUACAUGCACCAGAUUUCCGAGCAAAUCCAAGUUGAAGACGCGGCCAUUCGCGAAAGACAAGAGCGAGAAGCCGUAGAAAAAGAAGCCGGCAGAGACGCGUCUGGGACAGCGCAGCAAACGGACGCAUCGUGUGGACGAUACAUCGACGACGAUGACCCUCUCGCCGACAGCUACGCCUACGUGCUUGAGCAGCGGCAGAAGGAGGCAGAAGCUCAAGCGGCGAAUCUGUUGAAGUCGAGAAGAAAGAAAGCACGUGGAGGAGACUCAGACGACGACGGAGAAGAAGGCGAUGUGCGGGGUACCAAACAGCUCGCUUCGGUCGAUCACAGCAUACUCGUGUACCCGGAGUUUCAGCGCGACAUUUACAAAGAAGCGGCAGACAUCGGCAGCCUCUCCCACGAGGCUGUCGGAGAGCUCCGCGCGUCGUUACAGAUUCGAAUAACGGGUCUCAACGCCCCGCGCCCAAUCGCCUCCUUUCUCCACCUCAAAGACUCUCUCUCAAAGGCGCUGUUUACUGGAAUCAACAAGCGCGGGUUCACGCUUCCGACGCCCAUCCAGUCCGCCGCCAUUCCCUGUCUCAUGAGAGGCAGAGAUGUCCUGGGGUUGGCGGAGACGGGAAGCGGAAAGACAGCAGCAUACUUGAUUCCCCUUCUAGCUCGUCUGCAACAUUUGAAGGAAGAAGAAAGAUGGCCGAAGCGACAUGUUGUCUACGCCGACAAUCGGCCGGACCCCGUCGGCGCCUCGCUGCGCGCUGGAGGCCCUGCAGCGAUUGUUCUCUGUCCCACAAGAGAACUGGCGGUGCAGAUUGACGGGGAAGUGCACUCGCUCCUGGCGAAGGCGAAGGCGGGUGCGUCGCCUCUGCCUCUGAAACACGUUCUGCUGGCGGGCGGCUUCGACAAAGGCGAGCAGUUCAAGUCGCUGAAGGCAGGGGUCGAUCUCGCUGUCGCAAAUCCAGGUCGACUCAUUGAUUUGGCGACGAUGAAGGGCCUCGAGGACGCGCUGAAGUGGGUGGUCAUGGUCGUCGUCGACGAAGCAGACAAGAUGGUCCAAAUGGGAUUCGAGAAUCAACUCCGGAGCAUCCUGAACGCUGUCCGCCCAGAUCGAAUUACAUGCAUGUUCAGUGCAACGCUUCCCCAGCGAUGUGAAGCCAUCGGCAGACAGUUUCUGCGGAGCCCUGUGAAGAUCACAAUCGGCGAAGGCGGUCAGGCAGCGAAAUCCGUGGAGCAGAACGUAGCCGUUGUACAGAGCGAGGAAGCCAAGUUUCAGUGGCUGGCGUCGCAUCUGUUGCCUCUCCUCGUGUCUGGGAGUGACCCGGACUUGAAAGAAGCUUCGGACAAAGACAUCGCUGACAAAGGCCGAGUUGCUGUGGUUUUCUGCAACACACAACAGCGAUGUGAGGACUUGAGCGUCCUUCUCGAGGAAGAGCUCUCGCUGCAGAUGGAAGAGCUCGCUCGCGCCUCUCUCUCGAAGGCGUCGAACGGAGAAAGCGGACAAGGAAGAGCAGAAAAGGAGGAGAACUGGCGAGUGACGAGGAAGGUGACGGCGACGCAGGACCUAACGCAGAAAGAAAGUACAAAGGCUGCAGCUGCGCGCUUGCUCCAGAUGGAGUCCGAAGCGGAGAAGCACGAGAAAGAGGGGAACAAACGGUUGAGGAAAAGCGCAGAGCAAUCUUUCAAAUAUGUCACUGUCGUCCACGGAGGCCUGAAUCAGACAGAAAGACUGGCUGCUGUGCGCAGGCUUCACCGCCACAUCUUGAAGGCACCUCCGCCUCCAGUGUCUCCUCGCCCUCUCCUAGAUGUCUCCUCCUUGAUCUCGCCCCUCGUGCUCGUCGCGACAGACGUCGCGGCGAGAGGCCUCGACUUCCCCGCUGGGCUCUCCCUCGUCGUCAGCUACGAUGCCCCUCAAGAGGGCGAGGUGUACGUACACCGCAUCGGCCGCGCCGGGAGAGCCGGGCGCCGCGGGCAAUCUUUUGCCCUUCUUACCCGAACUGAGAAGCGCGCCGCUGCUCUUCUCGUCGAGGCGAUGGAGGCUGUUGAACAACAAGCACCGCGGCAGCUGCUCGACAUGGCGAUGGGAUACGCUCCUUUUCGAAACGCACGACUUGCAGGCAUGAAGAUGGAAGAGCCUGCACGAGGGAAGAGGAAAAAAGGUGAUGUGCGCCCCUCGGCCAACGCCUCCUUCGGUCUUGGCUACACAGGUUCUCACUCAGAGAACAGCCCCUCAGACAGGUCGAAGAAUACGUACACCGCAGCAACCUCUGCAGCAGCAGCAGCUUCUGCAGCAGCAGCGGCGAUUUGCAUGCAGAAGGAGAAGAAUGCACAGGGAGGAGACUCGAGCUCUCUCACUUCCGGGACUUCGUCGAGUGCACACGCACCCGCGAAACGCGGGCGCUGGGACUCUGCCGAAGCUUCGAGAAAAAGCGAAACUUCAGGCGAUCUGGUGACCCUCGAGCAGCUGUGUCCGGCGUCUUCGUCUCUCUCCUCCUUUUCGCUCUCUCAGCAUGCAGAUACAGGAAAAGCGGAGAACGGAGACACGAGGACGCUACCCCGAGUUGUGGGGAUCGACGACGAUCUGUCAUCCGACGAGGAGGCCGUCCCCACUCCUGUGGCGCCGCCUGCGCGACCGGGUCUCCUGAAUUUGAACAAGCGAGAAGAACGCAGGAGACAGUGGGCUGAGGAGGCUGAAGCUCGCCGCGAGCAGCAGCGCGAGAAGGAGCGAGAAGAACGCAGAAGCCGAGCGUCGCCGCCUCGGAAAGCCUUCACCGAACGGCGUCCUUUCUCCUCGGCAAAGAGUGAAGAACGCCGAACGGAGAAUACGCAAGGAGGGCCAGGUUCGGGGGGGUCCACUGUCUCGUCAAACCGCCCGGUCGCUGUGCCGGAAACGAGCGGCUGUCUGGCUGCAUCUGUGUGUGCAAAUUCACCGUCGGCAGCGCCAGCAAUGGUUGCGCAUGCAGGCGUGGAAGGCGGGGCAGACGCGGCUUCUCUCCACUCUGUCUACGCUGUGUCUCAAGCUCGGAACAUCCCUGGGGAGCGACUCGCGGCGGUGGCUGGCCAGCACGAGUCUCAGUCGCGGCAGCCGACAACACUGUGGGAGGCAGGCCUCACAGCAGGAGAGGUGCAGAGAGGGCAAGGCCUUAGGGCGGGGGACUCUUUCUCAUCGAUGGGGUCUGCAGUUGCAGGAUUGCCUUCACAGACUCCUUGCGGGACAGGAGGCGUCUCAGACCCCACAGCUGCGGCGGCGCUCGCAGCAGCCAUCGCGCAUGCACAGCAGGCAGCCGCGAAACGAGGUGUGGGCCGCAUGUGAGAGAAGGCGGUCGACAAAGGCGAUUCUCGAUACGCUUGUCAAGCUUCAUAGACCUCGACGGCGACGAACCUCCAAGAGGCCAGUCCGAAUUUAACGCUGAGUGCCAGACUUUAACGGCACAAACUGCACACGAGAAACUCGACGUCCAGAGCAGCCUCAAGCAGAAAAUGAGGAAGCAGCAAUCUACGGGGUGGUUUGUUUAGAGACGAGAGUGCUCGAAUGCAGGGGAUAAAGCAUGAAAAAAGCAUGGAACGCGAAUACGGCAGGUACAAUUUAAAGAGGAGAGCAAGAAUCCAGGGGAACCACUAUAUAGACGAGAGAGUAGAACCGCUUGCUGGUAACAGGCAGGAGACGAAAAAAAGAAGAGAAACAGGGCGUUGGACAUGGAAGGAGAUAUGUUCUUCUGCGCAGUAUAGCUGGAGUAAGAGCCAAUUGAGAACUGCCGCGUGGACCUCUGGUUUGGUUUUGUAUCUACUCACUGUUGCCCCCACUCCUUCCUGGAAGAUGCACUGCCGUGGGAACAAGUUCGGAGGAGUUGGCAUGUUCGUUUUUGCCUUUCCUUGCCAUCAUAUUCUCAUUGUCCCUGCCGUUAGUUCUCUUACUGGCACGGACUCAUUUCCUGUUUGCGGAGGAACGAAUACACUCUCCUACUUCCCAGUACCCUUAGCGUCUGUGUUUGAACCGCAAAGCCCCAAUUCUCGGUUCGCUAGGCGUCCGGACUGGACAGUGCACUUCUCUGCCGUCCUUGCUCUCCCGAUCGUCUGCUUGCUGUCUCGAGGAAAGACGGACAGUGAAAUUCAACAGGACGGACGGUCUCAAGCAGUCCACUGAGUGGUGGUGUACAGCAGUUGUGGAGAAUUGGUUUUCUUGACUCUCGCAACUGAGGUCAGAGUCGAUAUCCUAGCUACUAGAGUGUCUCUGUCUGCGUCCGAAAGAGACUCACAGAUAAGCUGACUGUUCGUGG